GUAUUCGUUACAGCUUAGAGUCGUCACAAUUGCAGCCGAGCGAGGAGAAAUCUUGCUUCGACGUCAAGGACACGCCAUCCUCCCACUAGGUCUCCAACGGGUGCGCAAUCGUUUCGGACCGGCUGAGUUGAGGUCAGGGUCAGGCCGACGACCUAAACGCCUGCAAUCGGACUGUUCGACCUGGAAGUUGUCCACAGGAUGUCGGUCAAUCAUAAUAACAACCAAAGCUAUAACCAAAGUAACCUUCGAAGGCCGUCCAUACCCAACCCAUCGACGGCGAAAGCACCGCCCAUGUCUCAAGGAGCUUCGAGCACGAACGUCUCGGUCCCUUCACAUCCUCCUCAGCGGAGAACGUCGUCUUCGUCAGGAUAUCAACACCAACAUCAACAUCAACAUCAACAGCAACUUGUAAACCAACAGGACUUGUCGAUGUUGCCAAUCAUGACGGGGUAUGGGCAGUACGAUUAUAUCCUGGGUCAGAGUCAGAUCGGGGCUCUGAACAUGGGUCUGGGUGUAGGGUCGGGGUCGGGGCAGGGAUCUGUGAGACAGGGACAGGGGCAGGGACAAGGGAUGGUACAAGGACAAAAAGCUCAAAUUCCAAGUCGGUUACCGCCUCAGUCUCAACAACAACUUCCGUAUCCACACCAAUACCCGGCUCAACAGAAACAACCUCGGCCUCAAAUCCGACCAGAUCUCCGUUAUUCAAACCCUUCUCGCUAUCCUGGCGAUAUCGACGAACACAACGAAGACGCCGACGUAGAUCCUGAAGCCGACGUCGACGCUGACGCUGAUGUCGAUGAGAAUGACGUAGAUGUAGAAGAUCACGAGAACGAUCACGAUCAUGACCAGGAAGAAGAUCAGGACGAAGAAGAAGACCCGAUGGUCCUGGAAGAUCAUGAGACGAGCGACCGGGAGGUCGGAGUCGGACAUCGUAGACCUAGACCUGGUCGAGGAGGAUCGACGGAGCAUGUUCAUGUGCAGAAGAAACGAAAGUAUUCGACGACCGAUCCUCAGAUGCAGGGGUCGGCGUCGGUACCAGUCACGCAGAAGGGAAUGGGUGUUGGGAUGGGCAUGGGGAAGACCUCGAUUAACAACGGGAUGGGAAACCAAGAUCUGGGGGUUCGUCAGAAUCCAGGUCAGAGUCAGGUUCAGAAUCAAGAACAAGGUCAGGGGAAGGAGAAGGAGAAGAAACGAAGACAAGUACAGAGUUGUUCCGAGUGUCGGAGGAGGAAGAUCAAGUGUGAUAAGAAAUUCCCUUGCGGUCCCUGUACUUCGCGGAACGACCAGAGUAUCUGUAGAGAGGUGGAAAAACAUACCCCGACGACAACCGGCUGCGCAUCCACAACGGACUUCAUGGCUCUGCAACAUCGUCUCUCCGUCCUCGAAUCCCUCUUGGCGGAAUCGGGCAUCAUCGCCCCCGGCACGCUAGACGACCUGGUCGCCAACCCUCAGACCAAGGCGAAACCCAAGUCGUCUCAACAUGCUCAUACACAUAUCGGGACGAGCCUUACCGCGGCCGGGGUUCCCAAGCUGGAAAACGGUCUGAAAACCGGCGGUUCGUCAGGGCAUACACACGGGUACGCUCCCUUGUCGUCGUCCGACAGACAUAGAGAUUUGGAUAUCGACAGCGAUACCGAGGGUGCGGCGUUGACGCUUGAACACCUGGCUUUCGGGCAGAGGAAGACGGAACAACAACAACCUCCCGGUCAUAUCGGUCAGGGAGCAUCAGGGAACAAUUUGGCCUCCCAAUUCGUGCCGCAGAGUGGAGGAGACGUGGCGAGGAGAACGUCCGUCUCUGGUAGCAAUAACAAUAAUAGGGAAGAUGUCGCCGAGAUGGAACGUGCCCUUCGAGCGUCUUUCAGCGGCUCGACAGCUGGAUUCAUCGCUGCCAACGAUUUGGCCAUGAUGAGAGGCACCAAUGGAGAGGAUCUGAAUGGAUCUGGUUCGUCAGGAGUAAAAGACGGCCGUGCUCCGAGUCAGGUUCAGGUCUCUAGGAAUAAGGCAUCGAGCAGCAAGGUCAAUUCGGCCAUCCUAGACUCGCUCGAUCCCACCGAGGUAUUCAGCCUGUUCUAUCAGCGGAGCGACGUCUACGUCAGAGCUCUCUUGAGCGUGGUGCCCGAUCGAAGGCGCGGCGAGUUGUUGGUCAAGCAGUAUUUGGAACGGGUGGAAUGGCUUCAUCGAUGUCUUCACGUUCCGACGUUUCUGAAGCAAUGUCAAGAGAUGUGGGAUACGCCACCCGAAAAUAUCGUGCAAGAAGUGUAUACACCCUUUCUCAGCCUGUACCUCACGAUCCUUUGCCUCGGGCUGUACUUUAUGGACCCGACAGAGGCACUCGAGCAUUUCUCACAGCACGAGCGGGAUACCCUGCCCGAAACGUGGCUAAAUGCGGCUCGAGGGAGCUUGUGGCAAAGCGAUUUUAUGGCGAUACACACCAUAGAGCACUUACAGACGAUAACACUCAUGGGGAUCUUCUUGAACACGCGGGAUCGUGCCGACGCCGCAUGGAGCCUGUUGGGAGCGGCAAUCAAGAUGGGUCAAGGCAUGGGGUUGUCGAGACUAGGUGCCGAACCGGAUUUGCAGCCUGGCGAGGAACCUCCGGUAUGGAAAGCGCCUUGGGAAAGCUUGAUCAAGCGGGAAGUCGGUCGACGGCUCUGGUGGAACUUGGUGUUCAUGGACUGGAGUCUGGCACCGUCAUACAACUUUUCAAGCAGUAUCCAACCCGAUCAGAUCAAAACCGCGCUUCCUGCAAAUAUCAACGACGAGGACCUUGUUGAAGGCCAGCCGUUGAGACCGAGGCCACUUUCCGAACGAACGUCUCUGUCGUAUCAGCUGUCUCGACUACGCUUUGCCGAAAUCUCGCAACGGCAGAUCUGGCAGGCGAAUGCGUCCCCUCAUCCUCCCUACUCGUUCAUCCUCAGCGUCGAUACAGAUCUGCGGAAAGCCAUCUCGGACCUCCCGGCAUUUUUCUCCUGCGACUUUGACAACUUGGAACCGCCACCUCAGGAUUCGAGGAUGAUGGUGUUUUACUGGGAGAAGAUCAUCAUCAACCUGAGUGGUCAAUCGAGGCUGAUGAGGCUACAUCGACCAUGGUUGUCGCGAGGCUACAAAGAUCGCAAGUACGACUAUUCUCGACAGCAGUGCAUCCAGGCGGCCAGGAAUUGCUUGAAGCUCAUGUCUGACGAUUUCGGAACGGCUGUCUUUUUGGAGAGAUGGUGGAUGCCGCUCUUCUAUGUCACCGUAGCAGCCGUCGUUGUGUUGAUCGACCUGCUUCGGACCCCGUCGGGCGAUCUGGAGACCGGCGACGCACUUAUCAAGCGCAAAGAGGUUACAAAGGCAGUAGCACAGAUCAGUCAGAUAGCAGACAUGUCCCAUUCUGCCAAGGGCUCUGUACGGGUAAUCAACCAGCUACUAGCCGAGCUCGAGGAGAAACGAGCUGGCAUCGUACCGUCUCCCAUGGAAAUCCAGGACUCGUCCGGAGUCAUAAGCGCUGCUCACGGACUACAUCGGGUCGUGAAAAAGCUCACCACCGACGUGCAAACGAAUACUCCGUCUACUGCGCCUCAACCGUUCCCGUCAAACGCCUCGCAACCCUCGAUAACGUCGCCCGAUGUGCCGAUGCAGAUGAACUUCCACAACAACUACGUACACGAACCGACCGUACACGACGAUCGAGCGGCAAUGGACCUCGCUUACGGAAACCUAGGCAACUUGUUCGAGUGGGACUCUCAAACUCCUCGUUUCGGAGCUUUCCCGAUGGAAGUCAGCGGCGCGACGAACUUGGGCAUGAAUCCGCAAAUGGGAACGGUCAACUUUGAUAAUAUGGAGCUGGAAAAUAUGCUGGCGUCCUUCAUGCCCAGCCGUCCUCCUUCGCCCCAUCAACAACAGGUCGUCGGACCCGAUUUCUCCAGCCGGUUGACGGAUUAUAACGGCGAUCCUGCUCAUGCCGUAUGGCCGAGCGUUGAUCGAGCUCACGAGAUGCCCAAUUCGUUCGGGACGCCUUAUAAUGGCUGGAUGGGCUGAUAGUUGGAGCCUCGCAUAGUCUAGCGUGUUAUUCUCCAGAUAUACAGAUACAAGCCUACCGAUCUAUCGAGCCAUUUCCUGACCUUCUUCACGUGACGCGCAGUUCAAGGCGCUGUCGCCGACAACCAACGUCCCUGAUGAGUUCAGCUUAAGGGUUCAAUUGUUACCUUUGAUCGAUCGAUAUUGCUGCAAAUU